UUCGUCGGAAGAGUGCAAAUAUAAUUAAGUGAAAAAUUUCUAAACUCCUGAAUAAAAUGUGCAGCGUAGGCGAUGACGAGUCCGUUGACGAUGUGAUGAUAAAUGAGGCGGGAGAGGAUCAGUUUAGUGAGCCCAUAAGAAGCGGUGCUUGUCAUAAAUGUGGGCAAAAUGGAGAACUUUAUAAACUAGUUUUCCGCGAAGCGGAAUGUAAGAGCUGCUUUCUUAAUUAUGUUAAUCAUAAAUUUCGUGCCACAGUUGGAUCUUCGAAAGCUGUUCCAAGAGAUGCGGAGGUUCUUGUAGUAUACGAUGGUAGUGCCGAGUCUGUCGUAUUGUUGGAUAUGUUAAAAACGGCUAAGUCGGGAUCGAAUUUUAAGAAGCUACAUUGCCAUUUUAAAGUUAUAAUUGUCGACGAUUACGAGCUUCGUAACAAAGCAUUAAAUGCGCUCGAUUAUGAAACUUAUUUACAAGAAAUGAAGGAUACUAUGUUAAGCGAUAGUAAAACGGAAUGUUAUAUUACUAAUCUGAGGUCUGAUCCACAUCAAAUGCCAUAUAAUAUAAAAGAUAUUGAUCAUUACCUGGCUCGCAAAUUAGAUGAUGAAAACAUGUUUUCGAUAAUGUAUUCGAAUAUACGAACAUCAACAAACCGUAAAGAAUUCAUCAAAAUUUAUCUUAAAAAGUUGCUAGCAUCAAUGGCUCAGCACUUAAAAUGUAAUUAUGUUUUUAUACCCACUAUUAAUAUAAACAUAGCAGCUGAUUUUCUGUCCUCUAUUGCCCUUGGUCGUGGAAGCAGCGUUGGUUUAGACGUUGGAUUCGUUGAUGAUCGUUUAGAAAAUGGUAUAAGAAUUAUGCGUCCGAUAAAGGAUUUAAGUGUACCUGAAGUCAACCUUUACUUGCGUGCAUGUAAUUUAAAAAGUUGUAAGCAAUAUAAUGAAUCAUCACCUGGUACAGCUGACAGUAUACAAGGCAUCACAGAGUCGUUCAUAAAAAAUCUACAAAAAAAUUUCACAUCCACAGUUUCUACAAUAAUACGCACUGGGAACAAAAUUGCAUACAAUAAUUUUUCAAACAUUCACGAUAAAACGGAUGUUGUUAACCAGGACGAAAAUACAAUAUCAUGUGAAAUUUGCUGUUCUUUGCUUUCAGGGGAAUCUAAAACAAUUUCGGCUGUUGAGUUUUCCCGAUUUGUGUCUGAAAGAGGUACAAAAUCUAGUAUAACUGAUUCAGACGAUAAAAUAAAAGAGCUGUCGAGUUUUACCCAAAAACGAAAAGAAAAUAUAUGUCAUAGCUGCAAAAAUAUGCUUCGUGAUAAGGAUAUACUUCCCUUUAUUGGAAAUGUGUAAAUUGCAUAUAUAUAUAGUUAUUCUAUUAAACAUAUAUUUCGUACUAAAUACCUAGAUAUAUUUUUAUACCAGUUACCUAUGUACCUAGGUAAAGUAAGUCAUGCUGGAUGUGUGAGAAAUUAUGAAAAUAUAAUAUAAAGAGUUAACUGUUAUACUAAAAUUGCA